CUCAGAAGAGAAAUGGCUGUCCUUGUCCUGCUAACUGGGGUGGGCUCCCUCCUGGCCGCCAGCUGGGCAGGGUGCCGUCUGCAGGUUCUCCUGCUGGGCGCCGUCUCCUUUCUGCUUCUUACUUCUUUCCUCAAAAGGCGGCACCCCAAAAACUACCCGCCAGGCCCCCGGAGGUUGCCUUUCUUGGGUAACUUCUUUGAAUUGGAUGUGGAACAAUCACACCUGUCACUUCAGAAGUUUGUGAAGCAAUAUGGGAACCUGUUUAGCCUGGAUAUUGGAAACUUGCAUUGUGUCGUUGUAAGUGGAUUGCCCUUAAUCAAAGAAGCCCUUGCCCACAAGGACCAAACCAUUGUGAAUCGCCCAGUGUUUCCCGCCCGAGAGCAUAUAUUUAAGAAAAAUGGGUUGAUCAUGUCCAGUGGCCAGCUCUGGAAGGAACAAAGAAGGUUUGCCUUAACAACACUGAGGAACUUUGGUUUAGGGAAGAAGAACUUAGAAGAACGCAUUCAGGAGGAGGCCCACUACCUUUGCGAGGCAAUAGAAGAGAUGAAAGGAAAGCCCUUUGACCCGCACUUCAAGAUCAACAAUGCAGUUUCAAAUGUCAUUUGCUCCAUUACCUUUGGAGAGCGCUUUGAAUACCAGGAUGCUCAGUUUCAGGAACUGCUGAGGCUGUUGGAUGAAACCAUGUGCCUGGAGGCAGGAAGGUGGUGUCAGUUGUACAAUAUGUGUCCAGCGAUAGUGAAAUUCCUGCCAGGAUCUCACCAAACGCUUUUCAGAGACUGGAACAAAUUGAAGUCAUUCGUAGCUCAGAUGAUUGAAAAACACAAGGAAGACUGGGAUCCUGAGAAGCCCAGAGAUUUCAUUGAUGCUUACCUGAGCGAAAUGACAAAGUAUUCAGGCAAUACUACUUCAAGCUUCCAUGAAGAAAACCUCGUCUGCAGCACACUGGACCUCUUCUUUGCUGGGACAGAGACAACUUCUACGACGCUGCGCUGGGCUCUGCUUUACAUGGCCCUCUACCCAGAAAUCCAAGAGAAAGUACAAGCUGAGAUCGACAGAGUAAUUGGCCAGUCACAGCCUCCCACCACAGCCAAACGAGAGCUCAUGCCUUACACCAAUGCUGUCAUCCACGAGGUGCUCAGAAUGGGCAACAUCGUCCCCCUCAACGUGCCCAGGGAAGUGACGUUUGACACCACGCUGGCUGGAUACCACCUGCCAAAGGGAACCUUAGUCCUGACCAAUCUGACUGCGCUGCACACUGACCCCGCCAAGUGGGCCACCCCCGACACAUUCAAUCCGGAGCAUUUUCUGGAGAAUGGACAGUUUAGGAAAAGGGACGACUUUCUGCCCUUUUCAAUCGGAAAGCGGGCUUGCCUUGGAGAACAGUUGGCCAGAUCUGAGCUGUUUAUUUUCUUCACUUCCUUUUUACAAAAGUUUACCUUCAAGGCCCCGGCCAAUGAGAAGCUGAGUACGAAGUUCAGAAUGGGCAUCACUCUCAGCCCUGUCAGCUACCGUCUCUGCGCGGUUCCUCGAGGGUGAUGGCGCUGGAGGAGGAUGGGGGUGAGAGAGUCGGGGGCAACCCCGGGAGGCUGCAAGCAACAUGGAGGGUGACUGAAGACAGCAGAGCCUGCUCAGAAGGGCGGGAACAGAACCAAGUAGCGCUGGAGAAGGAUCCCAGGAACCGGACUCAGAGCCCCUAAAUCCAAAUCCCAGCUCCCCCUUCUUUUCCCAAUGAAGCCUUACACAGACCGUUUGCAUUCUCUGAGAAUCAAAAGAAAUAAUGGAUGUAAAGUGUUUAUAAACCAAUAAAUACACCAUUAAAGUCGUUGCUAAAA